AUGCCUUCAUUUGACCCUAUCCCGGGAUACGCUGAUCUUUGUCAGAAGUUCCAGAUCGACAACGAUGCGCGGGAUUGUGCCUGGAACAUCAUCACGACGGUCUGGGAGACCCGUGGAAUGAUGUCGAACCACUCAGAUGGCGCAAACAACUUGCUCGUUCAGGUGGUUCACGAUGGCAUCCAUAGUGACUCGACAGUUUUUCAGAACGAGAUCAGCACCAUUGUCAACAAGGUCUAUAAGAAGGAGUACUACGGCCAGCCUGCCGAUUUCUUUCUCUCCUCUGUCAAGAUCAUCUUCUAUACUCAGAAGAUGGUGGUGCUUCCGACCUAUAUCGGAGAAGUCAACCUGGGCGUUUUGGAUAUCUAUCUCGCAGAAGGACACAUGAUUCCGAUGCAAUGGUUCCCGAUUGUGAACCCAAACUCUGAUCUGCCAGCAGAGCCACUGGGCUUCGUCAAGUUGAACUGCGUCAUUAACACUCUCCUGGAGAAGGGAGCUGUGCAGAAACGCGCCCCUGACGCGCUUGCGGACUGGGACCUGCGCCGAGAGCCACCGAGGAUUCUUCAGAUCCCCAGGCUCAACCUGAGGAAGGUUGCUCCUCAUCAGUACAACAUCAAGUUCAACUUCUACAAAGGGUUUGACCUUCCUUUCUCCACAGGGCGUUUCUCUGCCGACCCAGGUGUUCGGGUGAUAACAGCUUGCGGUGUGGUCAAAGGCGACCCGCAGGCUAACACGAUCCGGCCAAACUGGAAUGUCCUGAUACAGGCACCCUUCUACGAGCCGAACUAUCACGACUUGAUUUUUUGCCAAGUGGUCUGUGCAACUUCCAAACAAGUUCUGUCACAGUUGGUGCUGAGUUGGAAAGAAUUGGUUUGUAACCAAGACAGGUUUCGUGCUCCGCGAUGGAUUGACAUCUAUCAACGAGAAUCUAACGCCUUUGACCGACUUUUUACUGUUCCGGGAACUUUGACUGGGGUAGAUCAGACGCCCUCUCAGUUCCUGGAGCAAAUCUCGGCCACCAGCCAAUACAAGGGUUACUCUUCUCCAAUCAAUUACGGAGGAAGAGUUCUGCUUGGGAUCGAAUUGGAGCCUCGAAAGUUUGAAACUGGUGAGCCAUCUCCUGCCAACAUUGCUUUGAAGCCCAAGGACUGUGAAGACAAAUGGUCAGAUCCAUACCAAAAGUGCAUGUUCAGGUUUCAGAUUUUCUAUGGUGAGGGUUUGAACAUCACUGGAAGCCUGUCUGCUGUCACCGUUGAGUUCUGUAUUGGAAGAAAGUCUGUGCAGUGCAAACCAGCAGCAAAAGCUGACAACGGCACGUUCGAGUUCUAUGCUGCAGUGGAGCUAGAGUGCGACUUUCCCUUUGACGACUUGAGAGACAAUCCCGAUGGUCUGCCUGGAAAACUCAGCACUGGAUCGGGAACAUGGAAUCCUGCACACUUUGUCAGGAAUCUGCCAGACUGUGUCGUCAAAGUCUACAGGACGGAUCCAAUGGGAGUAGGUAUAUUCCAGGAGCUCAUCGGCUUUUGGCGUGGGUCGGUCAUAUCCGUUCUCCUUGGAAGAGGGGACGAUUGGGCAGACAUCCAAGAUACUGUGUUCGUGGGCAUGUCAAAGUUUGACAACGGAACUGGCGAGACGUACAUGGGUGUUGAGUCGAUCAUGCUGAAUGCUGGAGAUUCAGCCCCUAGCCCAUCGAAGAAGGUCCCUUGGGGAAACGAGUUUCUUCCAGAUAGCAGGAAAAUCAUGCACCCGUACCUUGGGUUCCAAAUCAGAGAACUCCAGAGAGACGCUAGUUGCAAGAUUGCCAAAGAGGAACACGCAGGAUUUCUUGCGUUCUCAGCCAAGCUGUGGUUGCCGACAAGGGAAAAAUGCGCAAAUGCCCCGCCGUUCGGAUCUGGCCCCCCCAUCUUGAGCCCUUGGAAGGAAUGGAACAGGAUUCCAAUCCCCAAGCCAACUUCAGACCUGCUGCACUGGUAUGCAGGUUUCACGAUCAGGGCGCACGUGUACCAGGCAAAGCAGUUGCAAGGAAAGGCUGAGAGCGGAGUCGCCAGCUCGUUCGUCCGGCUACGAUAUGCCAACUAUCCGGUUGCUAACUCAGACACGGUGCACUUGACAAACAACCCGACGUAUGACACGACCUUGACUCUCUCUGACCUUGAGAUGAUUCUACUUCCCAACGUUCAUGAGCAAGAUUCUAGCGUGGAGGACUACAUGGUGGAUGCAGAGGUAGAAGAGUACUGUAAGACUAAGAAGGAGACCCUGAUGGCUAUGAUCCAGGAUUUGAGCGAGGUUGACGACAACCUUACGAUGUUGAGGAUCGCUCAGAGGAUUGAGCUGUCGGUAUGGGAAGAGAUCCCAAUGCCCUUCGGCAAAUCAACCCGAAUGAUCGGAAGGACUUUCAUUGACCCGGAGCAAUGUUUGACUCGCAAGACCAAUCCAGAGUGGAGGCACUUGUUCGAUGGCGAUCCGGCCGUCGAGCUGGGCUACAUCUUGUGCUCCUUCCAGGUCAUCCAUUGCGACGAGAGAAUCCUCAAGGAGGUUCCGCUGCCUCUCGUCCCCGACAAGUCGUCGGUGACCCGGGCCACCCCCACUGACAAGGCUCCCAUCACCUAUGUGGAGAUGAGGGAGUCAAAGAUUCAGAUCCAAGUGCUGGGGCUGAGAGACUUGACGGACCCAAUGCCUCCGAUCAUGAAGGUCAAGAAACCGUUUGUGGAGAUCUCUUGUGAUGACCCCAAGACUGCUGUCCAAGUGAAGCCGACGGACAGGCCCAGCCCGAACAACGCCAACUUCAUGGAAUGCCUCGAGAUUGAUAUACUCUUGCCCAAGGACGUCAACUACGCGCCGUGGUUGGACUUCUACAUCUACGACGAGCCUCUCCUCCCCCUCGGUCCCUGCAUCAUAGCGUACGGGAAUGUUCCUGUUUCAGAUUUCUACCUGGAUGAAGCCGAAGAUCUCGACAACUUGGAGGAGAAUGAGAAUGAGGACGAGGAUGCCAAGGCCAAGAGGAUUGCGGCAGAGAAACGGAAGCAAUUCUACACCUUCACGAAAGAUCUUCAGAAGGCCGGGACUGUGACACAGCGUCAGAGGAAGACCUUGGAAGCUUUCUGGGAGAAGAAGGAUGAAGCUGUUCAGCGCGCUUUCGAUCAGCACCUGGAGGCACCGGACCCCAAGAAGUUCUCAGAUCGAAUCUUCCAGUACCUGACAGACAAAGUUGUCAAGUCCGAGGACGACAGCGCAAAGAAGGAGGCCGUAAAGGCAGCCAAGGGCAAGAAGGGGGACAAGGGGAAGAAGAAGUCGUCGGCUGGAGACGCAGCAGCGGAGGUGCAGGCUGUGGAGGAGGUUGCAGAUCAAGGCGGCCAGCUGGACUACGUUGACUUGACUGCGCUGGUGGAUGGAGAUCGAGUCUCUGACAACGGAGAGGAUGCGGAUGUGCAAGAUGGGAAAAAGCAAGACGAUGCGGAGGCAGAGGGGGACGAUGAUCAUGCAGAUGCCCUUCUGGAUGAAGAUGACAUCUUGCCGGAUCAACAAGAGAAUGUCGACACGGCAGACGGGAAGCCGAACACGGAGUGGAUGCUUCUCAGAGCUCACAAGUCCUACGAUGUUCCUCUAGAGGUCGUCGGCUUGCUGGCCGUCAAAGCUUCCUCUCAAUCCUUCGAUGCAGGAGGAGCCGACCAUGUCAAGCUCUUUCGAGGACCGAUCAAGAACUUCAAGCAGAAAGAGGCGGAGGUGGUGGGGAUCUUGAAGUGUAAGGUCAAAGUGUACGAGAAGCAAGUGCUCACGGAGGAACAGCUUGCCAAGGGUCUGGAGCCCCAAUUCCUGGACCUGAAGGAGCUCAAGGAGGGACGGGAGGUGCCGUAUGAGAUGCCGGACAUCAACGAAAACUUUCCGAGCCAGGACGUGGAGAUUCGUGUUUACCUGCUCAGAGCUUUCCAGAUCACUCCUGUUCACAAUGACCUGAUUUCUAUUCACAAGAACACUGUCAGGAUCACCUUGGGCAACAAGACAUGGAAGUGGGAGCAAGACCAUGACCUCAUCAGCGCAAUAAACCCUCAGUUCUAUCGCUGUGCCGUCCUCAAAUCACCCCUUCCUGGCCCCUCUCAGAUGAAGAUUUCUCUAGUCCACCUCAAGGACGGCUGGAUGCCAGGAGAAGAAGUGAUCGGAGAGACUGUGAGUGGAGGAGAAUGGGGGCGGGGAUACUUCUGGCUGCCCGGCUGGAUCAUCGACCUUGAGGACAGAUGGUUCUGCGCAGAGUGGAGGGAGGAGACGAUCCACAAGCCGAGAGAAGUCCGAGAUCUGUACAGGAAGAACAAGCCAGGCAUCAGUGUCGGCAAACUUCAGCUCUUCCUGGAUGCGAAGCCUGUUGUGGAGGCCCCAGACUGGCCGAUCAAGGACAUCAACAUCUCAGGGCGUCAGAUGCCGCUCGAGAUGCGAAUGAUUGUCUGGAACCUCAUGCGGGUAGCUCCCAUGUCCGGCUACACGUCAAAUGUCAUCGUGUUUGCCGAGCUGAUCGGCUGGGGGAGGGCGAAGGAGACGGACACGGACUUGCUGGUGAAGGUGUCUAGGAAGGCCAUGUUCAACUACCGUUUGAAGUUCAAGGGGAUCAAAUAUCCUUCACCCGACCCAACGUUCCCUGUCAAAGACUUCCUCCUUCGCAUCUCGGUGUUCCACGAGGACAUGCUGGGAGUUCAAAACAAUAAGCUGAUCGCUGAGGGCAUCCUUCCUCUUGGGGAGAUUUUCCGCGAUUGCAUGCAAAGGAACUUGGGCAAGUCAUCCCCCGACGACAUGGAGAUCGUGUCUCUAGAGCCCGAGAACGCCGGCGAUCUGGAGAUGGACGAGGAGGGAACCAAGUAUCCCUUCCGCUGGUACAAACUGUGCCAUCCUGGUGGGCCCGGAAGAUAUGCCCACAAGAACUUCACCAAGGUCGGCUACGACUUCGAGAAGAACGCUCAGGCCAGCAUUCAGCUGACCAUCCAGGUCAUGCCGCGAGCCAAGGCAAGAGCGAACCCAGCAAUGCUCGGAUUCCGAGCGGGCCCGGCGAAACUCAAAGACCCCAACCGCCCUCCCCAGCCUGCCAACCCUCUCUUCUACCCUGACCAGUGCGCCGCGUACAUCGCGUACGUCUGCAAGGAGGCGAUCAACAACAAGAAGCCAUGCUGCAUCUGCCUCUGCUGCGUCAUCCUCAUUGUCGCCGUCGUCAUCGGCUACGCCUACCUCAUGCAGAUCGGAAUCGUGCCCCCACUUUGA